AUGAAAACACUAAACGUUAUUGUUUUACUCUUUUUUGCAUUUGAUUUUAUUGAAACCGAAUGUCCAGUGAGUAUUUUACCUGAUUUUUGCAGUGAUCAGGAAGAUUCCCGUUGUACAUCUCGUUAUUACAAUCUUUGGAUCAGUGGAUUUUCCUUUGCCAAAAAAUAUCCUUCACAACCACGGGAUCUCAAACUGGACAUAACGUACACAGAAGAUAAUUUCCAAGUUUUGAAUCUCACCUGGAGACCACCAAAUGAUACAAGUAUAACUUACCUCCUUGGCUAUGAAAUAGGAAUUCCUAAUUUCUGGCAGAGAUAUAUUUACGAUUUAUCCAAAGCACAUUUAACACCAAAUGAUUCAGAAAUUGUGUUUUCUUUUGUGUGUAAAGUGAAAGAAGUAUUACCUUUUAUCUGCUUCACCUCACUGCCAAUCCCAAAGAAGAACAACCUCUACUGUUUAGAAUCCACCAAACAAAUGACAGAAAAAAUAACAACAGUGAAACCUCUGAGUUUUACAUUCAAAUCAGUUCCUGAUUAUUCAAUUUCUGAUGACACAUCAAAUCAUUCAAAUUUAUGGUACCUUUUCAUUGGUCUGGGUAUCUUUGUCCUGACGAUCAUCAUUUUUGCAGUAUUUCUUGUUAGAUAUAACUCCAGAAAGAAAAAAUCAGAUGUUAUUGAGGAAGCACUAGAAAAUAUCAACAAGAAAAACACUGACUAUUCUGAUGACGAUUCCAUUGAAGAUGAAGAUGUAAGAAUUAGAAAUACCCAAUCACCCAAUGUGGCAAUUUUUGAAAAGGAAACAUUCCGAAAAUUCUGA